UGCUGCCAGCUGACUGUCCUACCGUACGGCAACACUGCACCACGCACAUGUUGUUUACGUUCGAAAUUCACGAAUAAUUUAUUUCUACGCCGCAGAAAAGCGCAGCAAAUGCCAUCAGAAUGAAGGUGAAAAUGAUUAGUCGCAACCCGGAUAACUAUGUCCGGGAAACCAAACUGCAACAGCACAAAAUGCCCAGGAACUACGAUCCAUCGCUGCAUCCUUUGGAGGGUCCCAGGGAAUACGUGCGUGCCCUGAAUGCCACCAAGUUGGACCGAGUGUUUGCCAAGCCCUUCGUCUGCAACUUGAGCGGACAUCGCGACGGAGUCUCCUGCUUUGGGAAGCAUCCCAAGCAACUUUCCACCCUGGCCACCGGCGCCUAUGACGGCGAAGUGCGCAUUUGGGAUUUGGCAAAUCGUAUUAGCUCUCGGAACUUCGUGGCCCACGACGGUUUCGUUCGCGGCAUUGCUUACACCCAGAACGGAGCUCGCAUCUUCACCGUGGGCGACGAUAAAACCAUCAAGGUGUGGAAGGCAGAGGCUCCUGAAGUCGGCGAGGAUGAGGUGCCGGUGAACACUAUACUGAGUAAAUUCGGACUCCACGGCAUCUCGCACAAUCGCAAGGAUAACAAGUUCGCCACCUGUGGCGAGGUAUGCGCCAUUUGGGACGAAAGUCACAACGAUCCCCUGAAGACUCUAAAGUGGGGCGUCGAUACCCUACACACCAUAUCCUAUAACCCCGUGGAAACUAGCAUUCUGGCCUGCUGCGCCAGCGAUCGCAGCAUUAUCCUGUACGACCAGAGAGAGGCGCAGCCAUUACGGAAGGUCGUCCUCACCAUGAAGAGCAACAAGUUGGCCUGGAAUCCCAUGGAGGCGUUCAACUUCACAGUGGCCAACGAGGAUUGCAACCUUUAUACCUUUGACACCCGCAAGCUGCAAACGCCGCUGAAGGUUCACUUUGACCACGUUUCCGCCGUCACUGAUGUGGACUACUCGCCCACGGGCAAGGAAUUCGUCUCGGCCAGCUAUGACAAGACCAUCCGGCUUUACAAUGCCCACCACAGUCACUCGCGGGAUAUUUACCACACGAAACGCAUGCAGCACGUGGUCUGCGUGGCCUGGUCCCUGGAUAAUCGAUACGUUUUCUCCGGCUCCGACGAAAUGAACGUCCGCAUGUGGAAGGCGAAUGCAUCCGAAAAGCUGGGAGUCAUCCGUCCACGUGAGCGGGUCAACUUCAACUACCAGGAGGCGCUGAAGCAGAAGUAUGCCGCUCAUCCGCAGAUCAAGCGAAUCGCCCGCCACCGGCAGGUGCCGCGUCACGUGCUCAAUGCACAGAAGAAGAUGCGCGCGGUCAAGGAUAAGGAGCAGGUCAAGGAGGCCAAUGUGCGCAAGCACACCAAGAAGAGUAAGAGGGUGCCCUACGUCAGCGAGAAAAAGAAGCAUGUGCUGAAGGAGGAGGUGUGAGCAUGGCUAUUUACGACUGUAGUUGGAUAAGUUUGAAUAAAAUUGAUUUUGUAAGCA